AUGGGUUCUCGGGUUGUUUCUUUCGAAGAAAUUGGGAAAUCAUGGGGGAUGGAGUUUGUUUGGCCAUUGUGGAAUUCUUUCAAUCAGGAGAUUGUUCACAAGAUUAAAAGGAAGAAGGGGAAGGGUGGCUUAAUGGCGGUUAAACUAGAUAUGCAUAAAGCUUACGACAGAAUGGAAUGGGAAUUUCUUAGGCGAUUCCUCGUGGCAAAUGGAUUUGACGAGAAGAGCUGUAAUUUAUUAAUGUCCUGUGUCUGCAGUGUCUCCUACUCGGCUCUCCUUAAUGGGAGUUCUCUAAAGAAGUUCGUGCCUCAAAGAGGGUUACGACAAGAAUUGAAUGUUAAGGAAGCAAAUGGUGAGGAAAAACACCUGGGGAACCCGUUUGUUUUCAAGAGGAGAAGAAGAGAAGAAUAUGAAUCCUUGAAAGCCAAGAUGUUGAGCCGUUUGGAGGGAUGGAAAAUGAAACUUUUAUCCUAUGCUGGGAGAACUGUAUUAAUAAAAUCAGUCGCUUCUGCCUUGCCAAUCUAUGCGAUGUCAACCAACAAAAUCUCAGUUAGUACUUGUAGGAGCUUAGAUGGUCUUAUGAGAAAAUUUUGGUGGCUGAGGAGCUUGGAAAAGGAUAGAUUUCUUACUGUGAAAUCUUGGGACAGUCUUUGCCAACCGAAGAGCGUCAGAGGCUUAGGCUUUCGUAGAUUCAAAGAUUUUAAUCGUGCUUUGCUUGCAAAAUUGGCUUGGAGCUUGGCUUGUAAGGAGCCUAAACCGUGGGUUCAAUGUGCCCACACGGUAGCUGCUAAUGGGUCGACAAUCGAUCUUUGGACUCAACCUUGGAUCCCCUGGCUUGAUUAUGGGGAGUUUCGAAGGCUUAUAAAUCAAUUCAACCUAAUCUAUCCAGAGAUUAAAAUUGUAGCUGAUCUCUCACAGGGCAACUCGUGGAAUAGAGAUAAAGUAAUUGAGGUGUUUGGAGGGGAGUUGGGGAGCCGUAUUCUCAACAUACCUCGCCUACCUCAGUCUCAAGGAAAUCGGUUGGUAUGGAAAUUCUCACAGAAGGGCCAUUUUUCUGUGAAAAAAGCUUAUGAGAUGGAUCAACAACAUCGAUUUGGAGAAUACAAUCUGAUUUGGAAACUCAUUUGGCACCCGAAGAUUCAUCCCCGAGUGUCGUUGUUCUUAUGGCGAUGCUGCAAUGAUGCACUUCCACUCAGAACAAAACUGUCUUUUGUCAAAGAGAAGGAUUGUUUCUUCUGUCAAGCAGAAGUUGAAGAUGGCCUCCAUCUCUUUAGAGACUGUCCUUUUACGAUGUGCCUGUGGUUUGCAGGUCUGUAUAGCUGCAGAGUAAAUUGUAUUCCAGGUGAAAAUCUAAAAGUAUUUUUGUUGAACCUUUUACAGAGAAGCAUGGGAGAGGAUAGUCAUAAGAUGUUGUUGUAUAUUGGUUAUCUAGUGGAGGAGGUUUGGUUCCAACGAAACCAGAUGCGAUUCAUAGGAAAAACUGAUUUGACUAAAGACUUGAUCGCGCAAAUUAAUGUCAAGUUUUGUGAAAUGGUAGAGGUUUCAGACGAAAGGGAGAGUUUCGAAUUAAACCGUGUGGAGUUUUCAGGUAAGCCAAGGAAGGAUUACGAUUUCAUAUUCAUGACAAAUGAAUCAUGGAAGGAUUGUUCUGCUGGGCUUGCUGUGGUUUUGAUCCACAAAAGUUCAGGAAUGUGGACUACGAAUUAUUGUUGUACCAUAACUGUCUUUGCUCUUGAUGCUGAAAUUCAGGCUAUGCUUUUGGUGCUGAAUUGGGCAAAAGGUGAAAGUUGGGAUAAUAUUGCUAUUAUCUCGGAUGCUUCUUUUGCAGUUGUGGCAUUUGAGGCAAGGGAGUGUCCCCCUGCCUGGAAUUGUUGGCAUACUUCUUCUCAGGUCUUAGAGUUAUUAGCUUCUUUUGUUUGUUGUGAUUUUUAUCAUUUGUCUAGAAAGUUUACAACCUUUGCUGAUUUGCUGGCUAAGAGUGCUAGAUGUUCUAGCCAUAACGCUGGUGUUGUUUAA